UGUGGUUACGCAGGUGUGAUGAGAGCCUGAAGGCAGCUUCUCUAGCAAGGCACAACACCACAGCUGGAUGCCCUGCACUCCAUCUGACUAACCCUCCCGCUCCACUUGCUCUUCUCACCUCUCAUCCUUUCUCAUCGCCGUUUCUCCAGACACUUCGCCGCUUCUGUCUCCAUCACAAGUCAAAAUAGAUUGCGACAGCACCAGGACCAACUUGACUCUGAGACGCGUCUUGAAUGAGACCCUGGCGUGCAGCCAGAAUAGACAGAGAAGGCAUGAAAAGAUGAAAGAUAAAAGCACAGAGGAGCUCAAAUAUAAAGACUGUCAGAGAGAUUGGCGCCUUAACAAGAGCUGACUGGAGAAAGAGGGGAUUAAAGAAAUGACAAAAAAGAAGCCAGCAUGGGGUUUUGAACAAGUGAUAUCUAAAAGAUACAGAGAUGAAGGAGGGGAAAGAGAGCGCGCACUGAAAUAAAUAGAGAUAAACGCCAGUUAGAGAAGUUAAGAUGGAAAGAAACACACAAGUGCAAACUCUCAGCCUGUGCAAGCGUCUGUCCACGCAUACAUACACACAAACACACACUCACGAUCCGCCCACAGUCACCAGAGACCUGAUUAAGAGAGCAGAGCUAUCGAUCUGUGGGCUGGCAGGCUACGAUGGAUGAGCAGACAGGGCUGCAGGAGCACCAGAGGACAGCUUCAGUGGUCCCACAUCCCCACACCGCCCCACCCAACCACCCACGCCACAGCUGAGAGCUGGUCAGGGCCAUGGGCAGGAAAGGCCGGGGCUGCCACACUGGGGCUCAGCAGCAGCAGAGGAAGACUCACCCCGCUGUGAACAUGAAAGCCGCGCGUCAUGAAUGAUUCUGGGCCGGAGAGGGAAGUUCGCCCCACGUCUCUUUGAACACUGACUGAAUAUUAAACAGGCCCGCCCCCUCUUGCCCAGACUAGAUGCUCAUUGGCCCCCAGGUCAUUUGAGUUUGACAUGCCUGAUUUAGAUCAACAUUCCCAAAGUGUGGGCCCCCUAGUGGACCGUGACAGUACUACAAGUGGGCCGUGAAAGCAUGUGUGUGGAUGUUGUUGUACAGAUAUUUUGCCUCGCGACAUCGUUUACGCUCCUGCUUCUCCAGCUCUGACCCGGUCGCGUUGAUAGUCACGGUCUACAACAACCACAUCGAGAUGCACCCGAGCGACCCGCGGCGUGGAGACACGAUUGGCACCAGUGACCCCCGCGACCCUCAUGUGGAGGUUAAAGCAGUAGAAGAUGAGUGGGUGUGGAGCUCUGUUGAACCUCCUCACAACGAGGAGGAGCUGCAUCCUCAGGUCCUCUACCCCUGGAGAAACCAAGGCAUGGGAGUGGUCAGAGUGAAGAGGGAUUGGAUCAUCCCUCAAAUCAGAGUGCUGGAGAACAGCAAGCAGGUUCCUGAAAACCUUGUCCAGAUCAAAUCGGACAAAAUCUUCACAGGUGAGGUGAUCUACAAGCUGGAGGGGCCGGGCGUUGACCAGGAGCCCAAGAAUCUCUUUGAGAUAGACGACAAAACAGGAGUGAUCAGGAGCAAGCGGCCACUGGACCGGGAGAAACACAACAGCUUCACACUUAAAGCUUUUGCGCUGUCGCCCAGUGGAGAGAGACUGGAGAAUCCCACCACCAUAGAGAUCAUGGUGCUGGAUCAGAAUGACAACAGACCCGCCUUCACCCAGAGCCAAUUUGUUGGAAGUGUCUCCGAGUUCUCAGUCCCAGGCACGUCCGUGAUGUCAGUUUCAGCCGCUGAUGCAGACGACCCGAUGACGGAAAACGCAGCUCUGAGCUACUCCAUCAUCAGCCAGGAGAGUAUCCCUGCGAACGCUGUCACCAAGACUAUGUUUGGUAUUAACAACGAGACAGGAGCCAUAUAUACGCGAGAUGUGGGCCUGGAUAGAGAGGUGGUGAAAAGUUUCCGAUUGAAACUGCAGGUGGCUGAUAUGGAGGGCAUGGGAUUAACAAGUGAAGGUGUCGCGAUCAUCCACGUCACUGACAUCAACAACCAUGCUCCACGGUUUAACCCCGCCUCGUACAGUAUGACUGCUGUGGAGAACAGGCACGACUACGAGAUCGGCCGGGUGAACGCGAGCGACAGAGACGACCGUGGAACAGGAAACUGGGAGGCCAGAUACUUCAUUUCCAACGACCCUGAGGGAAACUUUGCCAUCGCUACAGACCCUGAAACCAACCAGGGCGUUCUGUCAGUGGUGAAGCCCCUGGAUUUUGAGGCCCACAGUAAAUACGUCCUGAUUCUAACGGUGAGAAACCGCAACGCUCUGAGCAACAAGGCUCCAAACCUCCCAGCGAGCACGGCCUCGGUGGCGAUCACCGUCGUGAACGAGAACGAAGCUCCACAUUUCAGGGAGAACCCCGUACAGAUUGUGGUCCCUGAGUCUGUGGCUCCUGGUACGCUGCUGAAGAGCAACAUUGCCUUUGACCCUGAUCAUUCUGACCUGAGAUAUGAGAUUAUCAGAGAUCCAGAGAGAUGGCUGCACAUCGACAGCAAUACAGGGGACAUUUCAGCCAAGAGAACCUUUAACAUGAGAUCUCCACAUGUUAAGAACCACGUCUACAGUGCUGUCGUGAAGGUUACAGAUUCUGGAGGCGUGUCGACCACGGCGACCGUCGCCGUCACACUGAAGGAGACCAACGACUUCCCCCCUCAGCUGUUCCCUCGCAGCGGCUCCGUGUGCAGGACCGCAGACCGGGUGAAGUCCGGUCUGAUCGUGACUGCAGUGGAUGAAGACUUUCCUCCACACGCCGCACCCUUUUACUUUGACACGGCUGAUCACGUGUCCGUCAACUGGACGGUUGUUCAAAUCAAUGGUACUCACGCUGUGCUCCGGCCCCUCAUAGAGCUGGAGGAGGGAGAGUAUGUGGUCACGAUGCUGGUGUCAGACUCUGGCAGCCCAGUCCUGAGCGCUUAUGCUCAGGUCAAUGUCACCGUGUGUGUCUGCGACUCCUACGGAGACUGCAGGUCUGAGGCUGGCGCGGUCUUAGGCUCCAGUGUGGGUAUCAGCUUCAUCGCACUCAUGAUCAUCACGGCCAGUGUUGUACUCCUGCUGUUGCUGCUCCUCCUGGCUGUGGCGGUGACCACCUGCGGGAGACGCCACCACAUCAAGAAAAGAACAGGUCUCCUCAUCGGGGAGUCGGAAGACGACAUCCGCGACAACGUCAUCAACUAUGACGAGCAGGGAGGGGGCGAGGAGGAUGAGAACGCCUUUAACAUCGAUAUGCUGUGGAAUCCCCUCGACACGCCUUCAACGCCGGGUUCCUACUGCCCAGCGUCGCGUGUUCCUCGGGGCAAGCAGCCGCUGAGGAGGGACGCGCCGCAGAACCUGCCCUCGCCCAUUUACCCCAGGAGGCCUCCUGCAGAUCCCACUGACAUCGAGGACUACAUCAACGACGGCCUCGAGGCAGCAGACAACGACCCCAACGUGCCGCCGUACGACACCGCGCUGAUCUAUGACUACGAGGGAGAGGGUUCUCUGGCAGGAAGCCUCAGCUCCAUCGCCUCCAGCAGCUCCGACGGAGACCAGGACUACGACUAUCUCAACAACUGGGGACCACGCUUUCAGAAACUGGCCAACAUGUAUGACCCACGCUGAGGAGCACGGAAGAUGAAAUGUCAUACAA